CGGAGUCUCACACAUUCGGUGAUCUCGUGCAGUGACGUGUACAACAUGGCGUAUCUCAUAGCUAUUGUUACGGUGCUGAUCGCCGCAUUACAUUACUACUUUACCAGGACCUUCAAUUAUUGGAAGAAGAGAAAUGUGGCUGGACCCAACCCAGUACCAUUAUUUGGCAACAUCAAAGACUCCGUCCUUCGACGAAAGCCUCAAGUGAUGGUCUACAAAAGUAUUUACGAUGCAUAUCCCAACGAAAAGGUUGUCGGAAUUUACAGAAUGACAACGCCAUCGAUAUUGCUACGCGACUUGGAUAUAAUAAAGAGUGUACUCAUCAAAGACUUCGAAUCCUUUGCCGACAGAGGAGUAGAAUUCAGUAUCGACGGUCUCGGAGCUAACAUCUUCCACGCGGACGGCGAUAGAUGGAGGUCGUUAAGGAAUCGAUUCACUCCGCUCUUCACUUCUGGGAAGCUCAAGAACAUGUUACCUCUGAUGUCACGAGCUGGCGAGGGGCUCGUUAAAUACAUCGAUGAAGUAAGUCGAACACAACCUGAACAAUCUAUUCACAACCUAGUGCAGAGAUUCACAAUAACUAACAUCGCAGCCUGUGUGUUCGGUCUCAAUUUAGAUGAAGAAAUGUUGAAAACAUUUGAAGAAUUGGACAAACAUAUAUUCACCGUAAAUUACAGCACCGAGCUCGAUAUGAUGUACCCGGGAAUAUUGAAAAAGCUUAACGGUUCCCUCUUCCCAAAGGUUGUUAGUACAUUUUUCGAUAAGCUCACUAAAAACGUACUUCAAAUGAGGGGAGGAACUCCAUCAAGUCAAAGGGAUAUGUUCGACUUAAUUUUGGAAUUGAGAGAAAAGAAAACAUUAGAGACAGCGAGAAAGUUCGAAUCCGACGAAGUUAAACUUCUCGAACUGACCGACGGGGUGAUCGCCGCGCAGAUAUUUAUCUUCUACAUGGCUGGAUACGAGACCAGCGCUACCACAAUGACCUACUUGUUUUAUGAACUAGCGAAGAAUCCUGAUGUGCAAGACAAACUCGUUGCUGAAAUAGACGAAGUUCUCUCCCGUCAUAACGGCAACAUAACUUAUGAGUGCUUGAAAGAGAUGACAUACUUGAGCAAGGUAUUUGAUGAGACAUUAAGAAAAUACCCGGUCGCAGACUUCACGCAGCGCAACGCUAAAACUGACUACGUGUUCCCCGGCACCGAUAUCACUAUCAAGAAAGGCCAAACGAUUAUUGUAUCCACAUGGGGCAUUCAGAACGACCCUAAAUAUUAUCCGAAUCCUGAAAAGUUUGAUCCUGAACGUUUCGAUCCGGAAAAUAUAAAAAAUAGGCACCCCUGCGCUUAUUUACCAUUUAGUGCUGGUCCCAGGAAUUGUUUAGGAAUGCGGUUCGCCAAAUGGCAGUCUGAAGUCUGCAUCGUGAAGGUUUUAUCGAAAUACCGCGUGGAGCCGUCGAAGAAGACCCCUGAGAAGUUCAAUUACGAUCCUAUGCGUCUUUUUGCCCUUCCUAAGGGUGGUAUUUAUGUCAAUAUGGUGCCCAGAUAAGCUUAAUGUAUUACGUACGGUGAAAGAUUAUGGUUCUGAUAAAAUAAAUAAAUUCUGUUAAAUACAUUCGAAUUAAGCUCAAACAAA